GGUGAGUUGUUUCAUUUGCAUACCCACAUGGGUCUACUGACAAGCUGCCCUAUGUCAGCAUGGGUUCUGGCUCCCUGGCUGCCAUGGCAACGUUUGAAGACAGGUUCAAGCCUAACAUGGAGCUGGAGGAAGCUAAGAAACUUGUCCGUGACGCCAUCGCUGCCGGCAUCUUCAACGACCUUGGGUCAGGGUCAAACGUUGACCUCUGUGUCAUCACCAAGGGCAAGGUGGACUACAUCCGGCCUCAUGAUGUCGCCAACCAGAAGGGCGUCAGGCAAGGGUCGUACAAGUAUAAGCGUGGCACCACAGCAGUGCUGACUAAGAGUGUACGCAGUCUACCCAUCGAUAUUGAAACAACUGUUACUGGAGAAGCAAUGGACACGUCGUAAACUCAUACUCUGUGUAGGAGGAAAGAUGAUAUGUUAAUGUACAUCAGACAAACCUGUUGUCUCCAUGUCUUUGUGAAAGAUUACGUAUUAGAAGGAAAUCCAAUUACAACAUCCUGUUAGACUAGAAAAUACAAAAUGUAAUAGAAGGGUCAAAUUUGUGUAAGAGGGGGUAGGUUUGCCUUUCUUCCAUUGGUUACAGUGAUAAAGGCGAGAAGAUGAAAAUUUUUUUCCACUCCAAUUUGUUGUAAAAUCUUCACCAGUUACAUGUAGCAAUGUUGACAGAACGAAACUGUAAUAUUCACAACUUAACUGUAGAAUCACUCUGGAGCAGUCUGUGAGCUGUGGAGAAAAAUUUAUGAGGUCACUUGAAUAAAGUUCAAUGAAAACUUGA